AUGGCUGUCAUCAAGAUUCACUUUCUAAUGGCAAAUCUAUCACUUAGAGACACUACUAAUGACAGCAAUUCUCCCUUUCUUUCCUCAGAUGGUAAAAUAGCAGCAAGCAGACCAGGUGGCUUCUCUUAUGGUAGCUCAUCCUCUGGUGACUUGGACAGAAAAAAGCCACUCUUUAGCUUGGAAUUUGGUUCUCCAGGAGAGGCUGAAGACAAGUCCAGACAACGUCAGGAUGCUGGGAGUUCAAGGUCAGAAGACACCCCAGCAGGUGGCUUUUUUUACAGUAGUUCAUCCUCUGGUGACUCAGACAGGAAAAAGCCAUUCUUUAGCUUAGGACUUGGUGCUCCAGGAAAGGCUGAGGACAAGUCCGGAGACAGUCAGGAUGCUGGAAGUUCAAAGUCAGAAGACACCCCACCAGGUGGCUUUUUUUAUGGUAGUUCAUCCUCUGGUGACUCAGACAGAAAAAAGCCACUCUUUAGCUUUGAAUUUGGUGCUACAGGAGAGGAUGAAGACAAGUCCAGAGAACACUGGGAUGCUGGGAAUUCAAGGUCAGAAGACAGCCCAGCAGAUAGCACCAACACAAGAUAUGGUGCUGGCUUUAGUAGCAGUGGUGCCUCUCUGCAUGUGGGAUUUGGUUGGGGGACAUCUGAUGAAAAGGGAUUGGAAGUUGGUAGAGCUGAUGGGAGUGAAACUAGAGGCAGUGGAUCUGCUGGGGGUGAAACCAUAGUCUUUGGAUCUGUUGCAGGUAGCUCAGUUGGAACUGGUUCUUCUGGUUUGAAACUUGGAGCAGGGAAAGGUGAUGCUGCAUUUGGUUUUGAAGUUUCUGAUUCGAAUUCAUUUGUUGACAGUGGCAUUAGUAGCAAAACAGUUGAAGGAAAUCAAAUGAGUAGUUCUGGAGGAUCUGUUUCCACAGAUCUAGGUGAUACCAGUUUAAGAAGUGAGAAUCAAUUUGUUGGUGGUGGCUCUCAAAAUUCGAUAUCAAAUUUAUGGGAUUCUGGUCAAGAGGGAUUUGGAAUCAAUGAAAUUGGAGGGAAUGGAAUGAGUGGCAGUGUAUCUGCUGAGGCUGGAUUAGAAGGUUUUGGAUCUAAUGCCAGUAGCUCAGGUGAUUCAAGUGCAAGAAAUGGGUUUGAAAAUUCUAGUGGUAUCUCUGAAGAUUCAGGAGUCAUAUUGGGGUCGUCUGAUCAACACGAAGUUGAAGUCAGUAGAACUGGUGGGAAUAGAAAGAGAAGCAGUGAACCUGCUGAGGCUGGAAACUUGAGUCCUGGAUCUGAUGUCAGCAACUCCGGAGGAAACACUUGGUCUUCUGGUUCUGGAAGUGGUGGAGGAAGUGUCACAAGCUCGUCUGAAUAUAGUACAUCUGGACCACUCAAUACUCCAGAAAAAGGAUCCCACAUUCCAGAAGCAACUCCAAAAUACUCAGAAACAAAUGCAAUUAUUGGUGAAGUGUCUACCUGGAGCAAAGGAGCAUAUAAAUCUUUCAACGGCCGCAUCUUUUUCUUCGAAUCUUCAUGCCCGUACACUUUCUGCCGUCACUGCGUUGAAUCUGGAGGGGAUUUCAAUAUUGAGAUCAAACGAAACAAUGAUAGUGAGAUUGAAAAAAUAACAGUUCUAAUUGACAAUAACGACAUCUCUAUUUUUGGUGACACCAUUUUAGUUAAUGGAGAAAGUGUACAGAUACCAUAUAACAAUAAGUUGAUUCACAUAAAAAAAUAUGGGGAACAUAAUGUUCUCAAUAGCCGUAGAGGAAUCCUGACUUUAAUGUGGGACAAAAAUAACAAAGUCUCACUCACUCUUCACAAGCAGUAUCCAACUUGUGGUCUUUGUGGUAACUUCAACAGCACUCCAGGGCAAGAUAUCAAUGAGCACAUUGCCAAUAGUAAAAUUCCUGGUGAUUGUCCCAGUGCUGUUGGUAAAAGCUAUGAAGUUUGUGAAGAUGGAAUACAGCACUGUAACAAAAUUAUUGGAACCUACUUUGAGAAAUGUGGAAAGGUUGCUGCUCUAUCCGGUGACUACAAAAUGAUCUGCAUUGAUGAAUACUGCCAAACUAGAGACAAAACAUCUACAUGUGACACUUACUCAGAACUGUCCCGCCUCUGUGCCUCCGAUGGUCCUGGCACCUUUGAAUCCUGGCGAAGCGAUUCCGAUGUGGUUUGUGAAACACAUAGAUGUCCAGAACAACAUAUCUACAAAGAAUGUGGACCCUCCAACCCUGCAACUUGUUCUAAUGUGGCUCCUUUCCAAGACAGUGAAUGUGUGAGCGGCUGCACCUGCCCAGAAGGUUAUCUGUUGGAUGAUAUUGGAGAGAAAGGAAAAUGUGUAUUAAAAGCUGAAUGUCCCUGUGAAUCCAGUGGAAAAGUGUAUCAGCCAGGAGAAGUCCGAGAGGGUCCUUGUGGUUCUCAGUGCACAUGCCAAGAUGCAAAGUGGUCUUGCACUGAAGCAUUGUGCCCUGGAAGAUGUAAGGUGGAAGGAAGUUCCCUUACCACCUUUGAUGGUGUUAAGUACAACUUUCCUGGAAACUGCCACUUCCUGGCCAUUCACAAUGAAGAUUGGUCUAUUAGUGUUGAGCUCCGUCCAUGCCCAAGUGGUCAGACAGGAACGUGCUUAAAUAGCGUUACACUUCUCUUGAAUUCUUCUGUUCCAGUUGACAAAUACAUAUUCAACAGUGAUGGAACAGUCACAAAUGACAAGAUUAGAAAUCAAGGUUAUUACUAUUCAGAUAAAAUACAGAUCUUCAAUGCAUCUUCCUCAUACCUUCAAGUAGAAACAUACUUUCACGUAAAACUACAAAUACAAAUUGUUCCUGUGAUGCAAUUAUAUGUUUCUAUGCCACCCAACCAAUUCACAGACACUGUGGGACUCUGUGGUUCCUACAACAACAGAGCAGAGGAUGAUUUCAUGUCAAGUCAGAAUAUAUUGGAGAAGACAUCUCAGGCAUUUGCUAACUCUUGGGAAAUGAUGUCCUGUCCUAAAGGAAACCCCUCUUCAUGUAUUAGUAUAGAAAAAGAAAAGUUUGCUGAAAGGCACUGUGGAAUUCUUCUUGAUUCAAGUGGGCCUUUUGCUUCCUGCCACCCAAUUGUGAACCCUAAACCCUAUCAUGAGGAAUGCAAAAAAUAUACUUGCACUUGUGAAAACAGUCAGGACUGCCUAUGUACAAUUUUAGGCAACUAUGUGAAAGCGUGUGCUGAGAAGGAAACAUACAUAGCAGGAUGGAGAACUGGCCUAUGUGAACAUUCUUGUCCAAGUGGCCUAGUUUUCAAGUACAAUGUAAAAGCCUGUAAUAGUUCUUGCCGAUCCUUGUCGGAAAGAGAUAGGAGCUGUGAUGUAGAAGAUGUUCCAGUUGAUGGAUGCACCUGCCCUGAUGAAAUGUACCAGAAUAACGAAGGAAACUGUGUACUGAAAUCUCAGUGUGACUGCUACAUAAAUGACGAGGUCAUGCAACCAGGCAAACUCAUCCAUAUUGAUGACAAUAAAUGCGUCUGUCGGGAUGGAAUUCUUCUUUGCCAAAUUCCCAUUGAUUUAACCCUACAAAAUUGUUCUGGAGGGGCUGAGUAUGUAGACUGCAGUGAUCCCAAGGCACAGAGAAGAACCGAUAGAACAUGCAGUACUCGGAACAUACCUGUUUUUGAUGAGAACUUGCCUUGCAAACGUGGGUGCUUUUGUCCAGAAGGAAUGGUUCGAAAUUCUAAAGGGAUAUGUGUCUUUCCUGAUGACUGUCCGUGCUCUUUUGGUGGACGAGAAUAUGAUGAAGGAAGUGUCACUUCUGUUGGCUGCAAUGAAUGUACCUGCAUUAAAGGGUCUUGGAGUUGUACCCAAAAUGAAUGUCAAACCAUCUGCCACAUCUAUGGGGAAGGUCAUGUUAGAACAUUUGAUGGGAAGAGUUACAGUUUUGACGGUCUCUGCCAGUAUUCAUUUCUUGAGGAUUAUUGUGGUCAUGAAAAUGGCACAUUUCGUAUUUUAACGGAGAGCGUUCCAUGCUGUGAAGAUGGGCUAACAUGCUCAAGAAAAAUUAUAGUUUCUUUUCAGGAUCAGAACGUUGUCUUGCAAGACGGUAAAGUAACAGCAGUCAAAUCUAUAGAAAGUAAGAAAUGUGAACUCAAUGCAAAUGCAUACUCCAUACAUACUGUUGGCCUGUACUUAAUUCUGAAAUUUCAAAAUGGAAUAAUCAUGAUUUGGGACAAAAAUACAAGACUGUCUGUUAUUCUGGAUCCAAACUGGAAUGGCAAAGUGUGUGGUCUUUGUGGAAAUAACAAUGGUGAUCUCAAGGACGAUUUCACAACAAGAUACUCUUCAGUAGCUUCUGGAGCACUGGAAUUUGGGAAUAGUUGGAAAACAAGCCAAGAAUGUGCAGAUACAGUGGCUCAGACUUUCCCAUGUGAUUCAAACCCAUACUGUAAAGCCUGGGCUGUGCGGAAAUGUGAGAUCCUCAGAGACAGCACCUUCAGAGACUGCCACAACAAGGUUGACCCCAGUGCUUACUAUGAUGCGUGCGUUGAGGAAGCCUGUGCAUGUGACAUGGAGGGGAAGUACCUGGGAUUCUGCACUGCCGUGGCUAUGUACGCAGAGGCGUGUAGUGCAGUUGGAGUCUGUGUCUCAUGGAGAAAACCAAAUCUGUGUCCUGUCUACUGUGAUUACUACAAUGCGCCUGGGGAAUGCAGAUGGCAUUAUGAACCUUGUGGCACGGUGACUGCAAAGACAUGCAAAGAUCAGCUCAUUGGCCAGAAAUUUUCUUCACUUUUAGAAGGUUGUUAUGCCAAGUGCCCAGAUAGUGCUCCUUAUCUGGAUGAGAACACCAUGAAAUGUGUCAGUUUAUCUGAGUGCAGCUGUUUCUAUAAUGAUGUCAUACCAGCAGGGGGAGUGAUUGAAGAUAAUUGUGGAAGAACAUGCUACUGUAUUGCAGGGCAGUUGGAGUGCAGUGAAACUGCUCCUACCAAUUCAACAUUUGCAGUUUCCACUACAACAGCUACCGCCAUAUUAAGCACCGGAGCAGCAAUUACACUGGUUACCAGUAGCCCAGGUUCAGCAGCAUCCAUUCCAGCGAUUACAACAUCAAGCAGUGAAACAACAGGAGCAACCCUAGGUCCCCUCACCGAACCUUUUACUACAGGCAUUACUGAAACUUCAGUUCCCAUCAUCUCAACAUCUGGAAAUGCAGGCACGACAAGAGUAGUGAGCCCCACCAUCACUGGUGCUGCAGGCAUGGCAGAUAAAUUAAAUUCAGAACAAAUAGGAACAACUGGAGGAGUGGAUGCAGCCACCACUGGAGCUGCUGGUGAAAAUACAUCUGAGAGAGCAGGCACACCGGGGGUAUCUGGAGCAACCCCUGCAGUCGGAGUUGGCAGUACCCUGGGAGAAGCAGGCCCUGGAGCCACAGUUUCUGGAAGUACAGGAGUUUCUGCAGGCUCCACCACUGCCAGCCCUGGAGCCUCAGCCACAACCUCUGAAAGCAGCAAAUCAGGAACUACUGGACCCUCAGUGGGUGGAAAAACUGGAGCCACAAGCAGUGAAGCGACAUCAUCUGAAGUCAUGUCAGGUGUAACAGGACAGUCUCUUGGAUCUACUGCUGCAUCUGACAGUGAAAUCACAGCUAAAACAUCUUUCACUGGUUCCAGUCCACCUGGGAAACUCACCAGGCCAAGCCCGGGCUCACCUGGUCACUUUAGUGGUGGAACAACUGAAGGGGGAAGUGUAGCCACCACUGGAGCUGGUGGCGAAAACACUUCUGGAGCAUUGGGUUCAACAGAAGGGUCUGUGGAAGCCACCACCAGCGCAGAGAGUGGAAACACAGCUGGAACAUCAGGUACUGGGGCCACUGGCCCUGGAAACACAGCAGUCUCAGGCACACCUGUGGUACCACCUGGACCAACUCCUGGAGCUCCAGGUAGCAGCACCCCUGAGGAAGCAGGCACUGGAACCACCAGUUUUGGAAAAUCAGGGACCCCGACAGUAUCUGCUGCCUCAACUACCAGUAGCCCUGUGAGUAAACACACCAAUGCAGCCUCAGCCACAGCAGUGACAAUCUCUGGAAGCAAACCAGGUACACCUGGAACACCAGGUGGUGCAACUAGUGGAGGCCAAAUUACAUCUGGAUGGUCCAGCAGUGGUGCCAGCACAGGCUCUUCAAAUACACCAGCUGAGAUUAGCAAAGCACUAAAAGGGGCAACUGGAUCAUCAACCGGAGAGACAGAGACAAGUGGACCAUCCGCUAAAGUAACAGGGAAUUAUGGACAAUCAUCUGAAACACCAGGGACAACUAAAUCAUCAUCUGAUGUUUCAGGGACAAUGGGGCAAUCAGAUACAACGUCUGGACCAUCAGUUGCAGUGACAAGGACUUCUGAACAGUUGUCAGGAGUCACAGGGGCAUCUGAACCAUCAGUUGGAGUAUCAGGGACAACUGGACCAUUAACUGAGAUGUCAGGGACAACCAGACCAUUAGUUUCAGGAUUAAGGACAACUGGAUCAUUAGCUGAAGGAUCAGGGGCAACUGGACCUUCAUCAAGAGAAUCAGUGACAACUAGACCAUUAGCUGAAGGUUCAGGGACAAGUGGACAAUCAGUUAUAGGAUCAAGAACAACUGGAUUAUCAGCUACAGAAUUAGGGACAACUGUGUCUUUUACUGGAGGAUUAGGUACAAGUAGAUCAUCUGCUAGAGAAACACAGACAACCGGACCAUCAGCUGAUGGGUCAGGAACAACUGGACCAUCUGUUGUGAGAUCAGGGACAACUAGAUUAUCAGUUGGAGUGACAAGAGCAACUGAAUCAUCACCUGGAGUGACAGGAAAAACUACACCAUCAGCUGAAGAAUCCAGAACAACUGGACCAUCUGUUCUAGUGACAGGAACAACUGGACAAUCAGGCCAAGGAUCAGGGACAACUGGAAAAUCUUUUAUAGAAUCAGGACCAUCUGUUGUAGGAUCAGGGACAACUGGACCAACAUCUGCAGGAUUAGGAACAACUGCACCAUCAACCAGAAGAUCAGGCACAACAAGACCAUCAGUUGGAAGAACUGCGACAACUGGACAAUCAGGUGCAGAAUCAGGAACAACUGAAUCAUCAGCUGGAGUGACAGAUGUAACUGGAACAUCAGCUGAAGUAUCAGGAAGAAUUGAAUCAUCAGCUACAAGUAGACCACUAGGUGAAACUACAGGGACAACUAUACCAUCAACGGAAGGAUCAGAGGCAACUGGACCAUCUGUCAUUGGAUCAGAAACAACUAGACUAUCAGUUAUAGGAUCAGGGACAACUGGAACUUCAUCUGGAGGUUCAGGUGCAACAAGAUCGUCAGGUGGAGGAAUGGGGACAACUGGACAAUCAACUGCAAGAUCAGAAACAACUGGACCAAUUUUUGGAUUGACAGGAACAUUUGGGCAAUCUGCUACAGUGACUGGGACAUCUUCAAAUUCAGCUGGAGUGACAACAUCUGAAAAAUCACCUGGAGUGGCAAUGACAACAGGACUAUUGGUUGACAGAUCAGCUACAACACAACCACCUAUUUUAGAAUCAGAAACAACUGAAUCAUCAGCUGGAGCAACAGUGACAUCUGGACAAUCAGCCAGAGUGACUGGGGCAACUGGACCAUCAGCUGAAGAGACAGGAACAACUGGACCAUCAAUUGAAGGAUCAGUUGCAACUGUACCAUUUGUUAUUGGAUCAGAAACAACUAGACCAUUAAAUAUAGGAUCAGGGACAACUGGAACUUUAUCUGGAGGUUCAAGUACAACAAGAUCAUCAGAUGGAACAACGGGGACAACCAGAAAAUCAACUGCAAGAUCAGAAACAACUGGACCACUUUCUGGAUUGACACGAACAUCUGGGCAAUUGGCUGGAGUGACUGGGACAUCUUCAAAAUCAGCUGGAGUAACAGUGACAUCUGAAAAAUCAGCUGGAGUUGCAGUGACAACAGGAUCAUUUCUUGAAAGAUCAGUCACAACUGGACCACCUCUUUUAGAGUCAGAGGCAACUAGACCAUCAGGUGGAGUAACAGUGACAUCUGGACAAUCAGCCAGAGUGACUGAAACAGUUGGAGCAUCAGCUGGAGUGAUAGGAACAACUGGACCAUCAACUGAAGGAUCAGGGGCAACUGGACCAUCUGUUGUGGGAUCAGGAACAACUAGACCAUUAGCUGGUGAAUCAGGUACAACUGAGUCAUCAGCUGGAGUGACAGGGACAAGGCCAUCAUCAUCAAGAGAAUCAGCAACAACUGGACCAUCAGAUGAAGGAUCAGUAACAACUGGACUAUCAGCUGGAGUGACCGUGACAUCUGGACAAUCAGUUGGAAAGACUGGGACAACUAGAGCACCAGCUGGAGUCACAGAAACAACGAGACCAUCUGUUGUCAAAUCAGGGACAAUGGGACCAUCUGUCGUAGGAACAAGGACAAGUGGAACUUCAUCUGGAGGAUCAGGUGCAACAAGAUCAUCAGGUGGAGAAACAGAGACAACUGGCCAAUCAGCUGUAAAAUCAGGGACAACAGAAUCAUUUACUGGGUUGACAAGAACAUCUGGGCAAUCAGCUGGAAUGACUGGGACAUCUGCACAAUCAACUGGAGUGGCACUAACAACAGGUCCUUUUGUUGAAGGAUUAGUGACAACUGGAUCAUCUACUGUAGGAUUAGAGACAACUAGACCUUCAGCUGUAGGAUCAGGAAAAACUGGACCUCCUGUUGUAAAAGUGAAGACAACUGGACCAUCAGCUGGAGUGACAGUGACAUCUGGACAAUCAGCUAGAAUGACUGGGGCAACUGGACCAUCAGUAGGAGUGACAGGAACAACUGGACCAACAAGUAAAGGAUUAGGGACAAUUAGACCAUCUGUCGUAGGAUUAGAGACUACUGAACCAUCAGCUGAAGGAUCAGAGACAACUGGACCACCUAUUGUAGGAGAGACAACUGUACCAUCAGCUGGAGUGACAGUUACAUCUGGAUACUCAGAUAGAGUGACUGGGGCAACUGAAUCAUUGGCUGGAGUAACAGGAACCACUAAACCAUCUGUUGUAGGAUCAGUGACAACUGGACCAUCUGUUACAGAAGUAGAGACAACUGCAAAAACUUCAUCUGGAGGAUUAAGUACAACUAUAUCAUCAGUUGGAGGAACAGGGACCACUGGACAAUCACCUGAAAGAUCAGGGACAACAGGACCAUUUACUGGAUUGACAGGGACAUCUGCACAAUCAGCUGGAGUGACAAUGACAUCUGUCCAAUCAGCUGGAGUGGUAGUAACAACAGGACUAAAUGUUGAUGGCUUAGGGACAACAGGAAAGGCUCUUGUACGAUCAGGAACAACUGGAUUAUCAGCUGAAGCUACAGGGACAAUUGGACCAUCAAAUGGAGGAUUAGAGAAAACUGGACCAUCUAUUACUGGAUCAGGAACAACCAGACCAUUAGUUACAGAAUCAUGGACAGCUGGAACUUCAUCUGAAGGACAGAGUACAACAAGUCCAUCAGUUAGAGGAACAGAGACAACUGGACAAUCAGCUGCAGGAUCAGUGACAACAGGGCCAGUUACGGAAUACACAGAAAUCUCUGGUCCAUCAGCUGGAGUGACAGUGACACCUAGACAAUCACCUACAGUGACUCGGACAACUGGAUCAUCAGCUGCAAUAUCAGGGACAACUGUACAAUCUCUUACAGUAUCAGAGACCACUAGACCAUCAUCUGGACAAACAGAAAUAACUGGAUCAUCAGUUGAAGAAUCAGGGACAACUGAAUCAUCAGCUGUAAGGUCAGGGACUACUGGACCAACAGCUGGAGUGACAGGUACAAAUGGACCAUCAUCAACUGGAGUGACAGGGAUAACUGGAUCAUCACCUGGAGUGACAGGGACAACUGGAUCAUCUGCAAGAUCAGGGACAAGUAUACCAUCAGUUGGAAAAACAGGAACAACUAGAACAUCAGUUGAAGAAUCAAGUACAACUGGACCAUCAGCUGGAAUAACAGGUACAAAUGGACUAUCAGCUGAAGUGACAGGGACAACUGGACCAUUAGCUGGAGGGACAGGGACAACUGGACUAUCAGCUGGAUGGACAGGGACAACUGGACUGUCAGCUGGGGUGACAGGGACAGCUGGACUGUCAGCUGGAGAGACAGGGACAACUGGACUAUCACCUGGAGUGACACGGACAACAAGAUCAUCAGCUGGGGUAACAGAGAGAACAGGACUAUCAGCUGGGGUGACAGGGACAACUGGACUGUCAGCUGAAGUGACAGGGACAACUAGACUAUCAGCUGGAGUAACAGGUACAACUGGACCACCAGCUGGGGUGACAGGGACAACUGAACUAUCAGCUGGGGUGACAGGGAAAACUAGAUCAUCAGCUGGAGUGACGGGGACAACAGGACUAUCAUCUGAAGUGACAGAAACAACUGGAUUAUCGUAUGGGGUGAUAGGGACAACUGGACUAUCAGCUGGGGUGACAGGGACAACUGAACUGUCAGCUGGGGUGACAGGGGCAACUGGACUGUCAGCUGGGGUGACAGGGACAGCUGGACUGUCAGCUGGAGAGACAGGGACAACUGGACUAUCACCUGGAGUGACACAGACAACAAGAUCAUCAGCCGGGGUAACAGGGAAAACAGGACUAUCAGCUGGGGUGAAAGGGACAACUGGACUGUCAGCUGAAGUGACAGGGAAAACUAGACAAUCUAGUGGAGUGACAGGGACAACUAGAUCAUCAGGUGGAGUGACAGGGAUAACUGGACUAUCAGCUGGGGUGACAGGGAUAACUAGACCAUCAGCUGGAGUGACAGGGACAACUACAGUAUCAGCUGGAGUAACAGGGGCAACUGGACUAUCAGCUGAAGCAACAGGGAUAACUAGACUAUCAGCUAGGGUGACAGGGACAACUGGACUAUCUGCUGGGGUGACAGAGACAAUUGGACUAUCAGUUGAAGUGACAGGGAGAACUGAACCAUCAGCUGGGGUGACAGGGACAACUGGAUCAUCAACUGGAGUGACAAGGAUAACUGGAUUAUCAGCUGGAGUGACAGGGACAAGGGGACUGUCAACUGAAGUGACAGGAACAACUGGACUAUCAGCUGCAGUGACAGGGACUACUGGGCUAUCAGCUGUAGUGACAGAGACAGCUGGAUCAUCUGCAAGAUCAGGGACAAGUAUCCCAUCAGUUGGAGAAACAGGAACAACUAGAACAUCAGUUGAAGAAUCAAGGACAACUAGAACAUCAGCUGGAAUAACAGGUACAAAUGGACUAUCAGCUGAAGUGACAAGGACAACUCGACCAUUAGCUGGAGGGACAGGGACAACUGGACUAUCAGCUGGGGUGACAGGAACAAUUGGAUCAUCAGCUGUGGUGACAGGGAUAAAUGGACUAUCAAUUGGAGUGACAGGGACAACUGGACCAUCAGAUGAAGAGACAGGGGCAACUGGACCAUCAGCAGAAGUGACAGGGACAACUGGACCAUCAGCUGAGGUGACAGGGACAAGUAGACUAUCAGCUGAAGUGACAGGGACAACUGGCCCAUCAGCUGAAGUGACAGGACUACCUGGAGUAUCAGCCAGGGUGACAGGGACAAUUGGAUCACCAGCUGGAGUGACAAGGACAACUUGGCCAUCAGCUGAGGUGACAGGUAUAGCUGGACUCUCAGCUGGGGUGACAGGGACAACUGGACUAUCAGCUGAGGUGACAGGGACAACUGGACUAUCAGCUGAAGUGACAGGGACAACCAGACCAUCAGCUGGAGUGACAGGGACAACUGGACUAUCAGCUGAAGUGACAGGGACAACUGAACCAUCAGCUGGGGUGACAGGGACAACUGGAUCAUCAACUGGGGUGACAGGGAUAACUGGAUUAUCAGCUGGAGUGACAGAGACAACUGGACUGUCAACUGAAGUGACAGGGACAACUGGACCAUCAGCUGGGGUGACAGGGACAACUGGAUCAUCAACUGGGGUGACAAAGAUAACUGGACUAUCAGCUGGAGUGACAGGAACAACUGGACUGUCAACUGAAGUGACAGGGACAACUGGACUAUCAGCUGGAGUGACUGGGAUAACUGGGCUAUCAGCUGUAGUGACAGAGACAACUGGCUCAUCUGCAAGAUCAGGGACAAGCAUAACAUUAGUUGGAGAAACAGGAACAACUAGAGCAUCAGUUGAAGAAUCAAGGACAACUAGACCAUCAGCUGGAAUAACAGGUACAAAUGGACUAUCAGCUGAAGUGACAGGGACAACUGGACCAUUAGCUGGAGGGACAGGGACAACUGGACUAUCAGCUGAGGUGACAGGGACAACUGGACUAUCAGCUAGGGUGACAGGGAUAGCUGGACUCUCAGCUAGGGUGACAGGGACAAUGAGAUCAUCAGCUGAGGUGACAGGGACAACUGGACUAUCAGCUGAAGUGACAGGGACAACCAGACCAUCAGCUGGAGUGACAGGGACAACUGGACUAUCAGCUGGAGUGACUGGGAUAACUGGGCUAUCAGCUGUAGUGACAGAGACAACUGGAUCAUCUGCAAGAUCAGGGACAAGCAUAACAUCAGUUGGAGAAACAGGAACAACUAGAACAUCAGUUGAAGAAUCAAGGACAACUAGACCAUCAGCUGGAAUAACAGGUACAAAUGGACUAUCAGCUGAAGUGACAGGGACAACUGGACCAUUAGCUGGAGGGACAGGGACAACUGGACUAUCAGCUGAGGUGACAGGGACAACUGGACUAUCAGCUGGGGUGACAGGGACAACUGGACUGUCAGCUGGGGUGACAGGGACAAUUGGAUCAUCAGCUGUGGUGACAGGGACAACUGGACUAUCAGCUGCAGUGACAGGGACAAGUGGACCAUCAGCUGGAAUAACAGGUACAAAUGGACUAUCAGCUGGAGUGACAGGGACAACUGGACCAUUAGCUGGAGUGACAGGGACAACUGGACUAUCAGCUGGGGUGACAGGGACAACUGGACUAUCAGCUAGGGUGACAGAGAGUACUGUACUAUCAGUUGAGGUGACAGGGACAAUUGGAUCAUCAGCUGUGGUGACAGGGAUAAAUGGACUAUCAGCUGUGGUGACAGGGACAACUGGACCAUCAGCUGAAGAGACAGGGGCAACUGGACCAUCAGCUGAAGUGACAGGGACAACUGGACCAUCAGCUGGAGUGACAGGGAUGACUGGACUAUCAGCUGAAGUGACAGGGACAACUGGCCCAUCAGCUGAAGUGACAGGGUUACCUGUAGUAACAGUUGGGGUGACAGGGACAAUUGGAUCAUCAGCUGUGGUGACAGGGACAACUGGACUAUCAGAUGGAGUGACAGGGACAAGUGGACCAUCAGCUGGAAUAACAGGUACAAAUGGACUAUCAGCUGAAGUGACAGGGACAACUGGCCCAUCAGCUGAAGUGACAGGGCUACCUGUAGUAACAGCUGGGGUGACAGGGACAAUUGGAUCACCAGCUGGAGUGACAGGGACAACUAGGCCAUCAGCUGUGGUGACAGGGAUAACUGGACUAUCAGCUGAGGUGACAGGGACAACUGGACUAUCAGCUAGGGUGACAGGGAUAGCUGGACUCUCAGCUGGGGUGACAGAGACAAUUGGACUAUCAGCUGGGGUGACAGGGACAAUUGGAUCAUCAGCUGGGGUGACAGGUACAAAUGGACUAUCAGCUGGAGUGACAGGGACAACUGGACCAUCAGCUGGAGUGACAGGGACAACCGGACUAUCAGUUGGGGUGAGAGGGACAACUGGACUAUCAGUUGGGGUGACAGGGACAACUGGACUAUCAGCUGCAGUGACAGGGACAAGUGGACCAUCAGCUGGAAUAACAGGUACAAAUGGACUAUCAGCUGAAGUGACAGGGACAACUGGACCAUUAGCUGGAGUGACAGGGACAACUGGACUAUCAGCUGGGGUGACAGGGACAACUGGACUAUCAGCUAGGGUGACAGAGAGUACUGGACUAUCAGCUGAGGUGACAGGGACAAUUGGAUCAUCAGCUGUGGUGACAGGGAUAAAUGGACUAUCAGCUGGAGUGACAGGGACAAUUGGACCAUCAGCUGAAGAGACAGGGGCAACUGGACCAUUAGCUGGAGUGACAGGGACAACUGGACCAUCAGCUGGAGUGACAGGGAUAACUGAACUAUCAGCAGAAGUGACAGGGACAACUGAACUAUCAGCUGAGGUGACAGAGAAAACUGGACCAUCAGCAGAAGUGACAGGGAAAACUGGGCUAUCAGCUGGAGUGAUGGAGACAACUGGACCAUCAGCUGAAGUGACAGGGACAACUGGAUCAUCAGCUGGGGUGACAGGGACAACUGGACUAUCAGCUGGAGUGACAGGGACAAGUGGACUAUCAGCUGGGGUGACCGGGACAACUGGCCCAUCAGCUGAAGCGACAGGGCUACCUGGAGUAUCAGCUGGGGUGACAGGGACAAUUGGCUCACCAGCUGGAGUGACAGGGACAACUCGGCUAUCACCUGUGGUGACAGGGAUAACUGGACUAUCAGCUGAGGUGACAGGGACAACUGGACUAUCAGCUGGGGUGACAGGGACAAUUGGAUCAUCAGCUGGGGUGACAGAGAUAACUGGACUACCAGCUGGAGUGACAGGGACAACUGGACCAUCAGCUGGCGUGACACAGUCAACUGUACUAUCAGCUGAGGUGACAGUGACAACUGGACAAUCUGUUGGAGUGACAGGGACAACUGGAUCAUCAACUGGAGUGACAGGGACCACUGGACUAUCAGCUGGGGUGACAGGGAUAACUGGACUAUCAGCUGGAGUGACAGGGACAACUGGACAGUCAGCUGAAGUGACAGGGGCAACUGGACAAUCUGUUGGAGUGACAGGGACAGCUAGAUCAUCAGGUGGAGUGACAGGGAUAACUGGACUAUCAGCUGGAGUGAGACAGACAACUGUUUCAUCUGCAAGAUCAGGGACAAGUAUACCAUUAAUUGGAAAAACAGGAACAACUAGAACAUCAGUUGAAGAAUCAUCAACAACUGGACCAUCAGCUAGAAUAACAGGUACAAAUGGACUAUCAGCUGAAGUGACAGGGACAAAUGAACUAUCAGCUGGGGUGACAGGGACAAUUGGAUCAUUAGCUGGAGUGACAGGGACAACUGGACUAUCAGCUGGAGUGACAGGGACAACUUUCCCAUUAGCUGGGGUAACAGGGACAACUGGACCAUCAGCUGGAGUGACAGGAAUAGCUGCACUGUCAGUUGGAGUGACAGGGAAAAGUGGACUAUCAACUGGAGUGACAGGGAAAACAGGACUAUCAGCUGGAGUGACAGGGACAACUGGACCUUCAGCUGAAGCAACAGGGAAAACUGGACUAUCAGCUGGAGUGACAGGGAUCACUGAACCAUUUACUGAAGUGACAGGGACAACUGGAUUAUCAGCUGGGGUGACAGGGACCACUGGACCAUCAGCUGAAGUGACAGGGACAACUGGACUAUCAGCUGGGGUGACAGGGAAAACUAGAUCAUCAGCCGGGGUAACAGGGACAACUGGAUUAUCUGCACAAUCUGGGACAAGUAUACCAUCAGCUGGAAAAACAGGAACAACCAAAAUAUCCGUUGAAGAAUCAAGGACAACUAGACCAUCAGCUGGAAUAACAGGCAAAACUGAAGAACCAUAUGGAACCACCCCUGGAACAGGUGAAAGCAGGACCAGAUUAACCACACCUGGAAAAUCAGCUACAACUGGAGUGCCUGCUGCAACUUCCCCAGGAGCUGAAGGUGAAAGCAUAGCUUCCACGUCAGUUGCCACGGGAGCCAUCCCUGGGUCAGCAAUUGCACCAGGAAGUGCCACUACUGGUACCACUGGGGUAACCACUGGCACAACUCUUGCCCCUAGAAGUUUCAACACAGGAACUUCUGGUGGAAUUUCUGGAAAAACCCUCAAAUCUGGAAGUUAUGUCUCAGAGGCUACAAUGGCUACAGGGACUCCUGGAGCAGGACUGUCAGGAGGUACCACAAUCAUUUCUCCUGAAGUCAGUACCAGUUCAGAAGUUUCCAACACAGGUAUCACUGGAGUAGGCUCUGAGACAUCUGUUGAAACAGGAAUUUCCAACACAGCUACAACUGUGGUGGCUCCUGGCACAACCCUUGCUCCUGGCAGUUCCAGUACAGAGGCCACAACUUCCAUAGGAGGAAGUGCAUCAACAAGAGGUGGAAUAGCCACAGAAGCCACAGGUUCCACAAGAGGGGUCAGGACCACUGGAUCAGAAGCUCCAGAAGCUACCACCACGGUUUCACCUGGUGCCAGCAGCGGUUCACAGGGUCCCAAGCCAGGUACUUCUGGAGAAUUCUCUGGGACAACCAUUUCAUCUGGAGGUUUCCACACAGAAGCCACAACUCUCAUAGGAGGUAGGGGAAGUAUUGGAACUGAAUCCACAGCAGAUUCCACAACUUCCCUACAAGAAAGUGCAAAAACAAGAGGUGGAAUAGUGACAGCUACCAAUGGGGCAUUCUCUGGAAAGACUCUGGAACCUGGGAAUGAGAACACAGAGGCCACAAGUUCCACAGGAGGGAUCAGGGCCACCAGAUCAGAAGCUCCAGGAGGUACCUCUGGUAAAUUCUCUGGGACAACCGUUUCAUCUGGAGGUUCCCCAGGUAAGGCCACAACUCUCGCAAGUGGCAGGGGCAGCACUGAAAGUGAAUUCAGAACAGCCACCACUGGAGUAGUUCCUGCUACAACUGUUGCCCCUGGCAGUUCCAAGACAGAGGCCACCACUUUCCUAGGAGUAAGUGGAACAACAAGUGUUGGAAGAGCCACGGGUAUUACCGUUGUAGUCUCUGGAAAAACACUGAAACCUGGAAGUUACAAGACAGGGGCCACAACUUCCAUAGUAGGGAGUGACACCAGCCAAGCAGAACACCCAGGAGGUACUUCUGGUGAAUUCCCAGGAACAACCAUUACAUCUGGAGAUUCCCACACAGAGGCCACAGCUCUAACAGGAAGCAGGGGCAGUAUUGGAACUGAAUCCACAGUAGAGACCACAACAUACAUUGGAGAAAGUGGGACAACAAGAGGUGGAUUAACCACAGCUACCACUGGGGCAUUCUCUGGAAAGACCCUGGAACCUGGGAAUGACAACACAGAGGCCACAAGUUCCACAGGAGGGAUCAGGGCCACCAGAACAGAAGCUCCAGGAGGUACCUCUGGUGAGUUCCCAGGGACAACAUUUAUCUCUGGAGGUUCCCACACAGAGGCCACAACUUUCACAGGAGGCAGGGGCAGUACAGGGACUGAAUCCAGAACAGGGGCCACAGCUUCCCUAGGUGGAAGUACAAUGACAAGAGGUAGAAUAACCACCGAGGCCACAAGUUCCACCAGAGGGGUCAGGACCACCCGAUCAGAAGCUCCAGGAGGGACUUCUGGUAAAUUCUCUGGGACGACCAUUUCAUCGGGAGGUUCCAACACAGGUAGUUCAAUAAGAAGAACAUCCUCAUCUUGCAUGAAGGCCACAACUCUCACAGGAGACAGGAGCACUACCAGAAGUGAAUCCAGAACAGCCACCACUGGAGUAGUUCCUGCUACAACUGUUGCCCCUGGCAGUUCCAAGACAGAGGCCACCACUUUCCUAGGAGUAAGUGGAACAAUAAGUGUUGGAAGAGCCACGGGUAUUACUAGUGUAGUCUCUGGAAAAACACUGAAACCUGGAAGUUACAAGACAAGUGCCACAACUUCCAUAGUAGGGGGUGACACCAGCCGAGCAGAACAUCCAGGAGGUACAACUGUGGUUUCACCUGGAGUCAGCAGCAGUUCACAGAGCUCCAGGCCAGGCUCCUCUGUCACACCAGAGAGCUCAGGAUCUGAAAGUGAAACAGUUACUACAGAAGAAUUCUCUGGGACAACCACUAUAUCUAGAACUUCCCACCCCGGCACCCCUGCAGCCUCAGGAGGCCAAGAAACUGGGAGCCUGACAGCCACCUCCGUGGUAGCUCCUGGCACAACCAUUGCACCUGGCAGUUCCGACACAGAGGCCACAACUUCUGUAGGAGAAAGAGAAACAACAAAAGCUGAAAUAAUCACAGACACUUCUGUCACAGCAGGGGGCUAUGUCUCUGGAAGGCAAACAGCAGGCAUCACUGCAGCAAUAGGGAAGCAAGCAGGCACCUCGGAGGUAGCUCCUUCCACAACAGUUGCCCCUGGAAGUUUCAGCACAGCAGUGACAGCUUCUCCUGGAGCAACUGGAAUUACUGGGAUUACAACAACUACAAAGAUCACAACUUCCCUAGGAAGAAGUGGCAUCACUGGAGCAGAAAUAAAAUCAGCCACCACUGGAGCACCAGGAAGUAGGACAGGCACAGCUGGAGUGCCCUCUGCUACAACAGUCUCCUCUGGGACCUCCAACUCAGAGGCCACAACUUCUGUAGGAGAAAGUGGAAAAACAGGAGCUGAAACAAUCACAGGUACUACUGAGGGCAUCUCUGGCAGAACUCUGGAGGCUAAAAGUGCCCACACAGAGGCCACAACUUUCCCAGGAGGCAGCGGAACCACCCAAGCAGGACCACCCAGAGUUACCACUGGAGAAUUGUCUGGAAUGACCUUUAUAUCUGGAAGUUCUAACACAGAGGCCACCACUUCCACAGAAGGGACUGGUACUUCUGGAACUGGAUUCACAACUGGCACCUCAGAGGUAGCUCCUGCCACAACAGUUGCCCCAGGAAGUUUCAGCACAGCAGCCACAACUUCUCCUGGAGCAACUGGAAUAACUGGGGUUACAACAACUACAAAGACCACAACUUCCCUAGGAGGAAGUGGCACCACUGGAGCAGAAAUAAAAUUAGGAACCACCACUACAGCACCAGAAAAUAGGACAGGCACAGCUGGAGUGCCCUCUGGUACAAGAGUCACCCCUGGGAGCUCCAACUCAGAGGCCACAACUUCUGUAGAAGAAAGCGGAAUAACAAGAGCUGAAGUAAUCACAGAGGCCACAACUUUCUCAGGAGGCAGCGGGGCCACCCGAGCAGGAUUACCCAGAGGUACCACUGGAGAAUUUUCUGGAAUGACCAUUAUAUCUGGAAGUUCUAACACAGAGGCCACCACUUCCACAGAAGGGACAGGUACUUCUGGAACUGGAUUCAAAAUUGCAGGUAUCACUUCCGCCCCAGGGCAACAAGCAAGUGAGCAUUGGGGAAAUGCAUCUAGUUUUGCUUUUAUCAAAUUUCCAGGCACCUCUGGGGUAUCUCUUGCCACAACAGUUGCCCCUGGAAGUUUCAGCACAGCAGCCACAACUUCUUCUGGAGCAAGUGGAAUAACUGGGGCUGGCCGCACCUCAGAGACCACAGCUUCUCUAGGAGGAAGUGGUACCACUGGAGCAGAAAUAAAAUCAGGCACAGCUGCAGUGCCCUCUGGUACAACAGUUGCCCCUGGGAGCUCCAACUCAGAAGCCACAACUUCUGUAGGAGAAAAUGGAAAAACAAGAGGUGAAAUAAUCACGGGUACUACUGAGGGCACCUCUGGCAAAGUUCUGGAACCUGGAAGUGCCCACACAGAGGCCACAACUUUCCCAGGAGGCAGUGGAACUACCCGAGCAGGACCGCCAGGAGGUACCACUGGAGAAUUGUCUAGAACGACCAUUAUACCUGGAAGUUCUAACACAGAGGCCACAACUUCCACAAAAGGGACUGGUACUUCUGGAACUGGCUUUAAAACUGGCACCUCUGGGGUGGCACCUGGCACAACAGUUUCCUCUGGAAGUUUCAGCACAGCCACAAUUUCUCCUGGAGCAAGUAGAAUGACUGGGACUGGACCCGCUGCAGAACCCACAACUUCCCUAGGAGGAGGUGGCACCACUGGAGCAGAAAUAAAAUCAGGAGCCACCUCUGGAGCACCAGGAAGUAAGACAGGCACAGCUGGAGUGCCCUCUGCUACAACAGUUGCCCCUGGGAGCUCCAACUCAGAGGCCACGACUUCUUUAGGAGAAAGUGGAAAAACAAGAGCUGAAACAAUCACAGGUACUACUGAGGGUAAAACUCUGGCAGCUGGAAGUGCCCACACAGAGGCCACAACUUUCUCAGGAGGCAGCGGGACCACUCAAGCAGGACCACCGGAAGGCGCUUCUGGCACAUCAGGAGGAUAUGUCCCUGGAAGGGAAACAGAGCCCACAACUUCCAUUGAAGAAACUGGAACUUCCAGAACUAUAUUCAAAACUGUAGGCAUCACUUCAGCCCCAGGGAGGCAAGCAGAAGCCACAACUUCUCCUGGAGCAAGUGGAAUGACUGGGGUUAGAACCACUUCAAAGACUACAACUUCCCUAGGUGGAAUUGGCACCACUAGAACUGAAAUAAAAUCAGGAGCCACCACUGGAGCACCAGGAAGUAUCAUGGGAGAAUCUUCUAGAACGACCAUUCUAUCUGGAAGUUCUAACACAGAGGCCACAAAUUCCACUGAAGAGACUGGUACUUCCGGAACUGGAUUCAAAACCGCAGGCAUCACUGUAGCACCAGGAAAGCAAGCAGGCACCUCUGGGAUGGCACCUGGCACAACAGUUGCCCCUGGAAGUUUCAGCACAGCAGCUACAACUUCUCCUGGAGCAAGUGGAGUGAUUGGCACUGGACCCACUGCAGAGACCACAACUUUCCUAGGAGGAAGUAGCACCACUGGAGCAGAUAUAAAAUCAGGAGCCACCACAGGAGCACCAGGAAAUAAGACAGGCACAGCUAAAGUGCCCUCUGGUACAACAGUUGCCCCUGGGAGCUCCAACUCAGAGGCUACAACUUUCUCUGGAAUCACUGAAGCAGUAACAGUCCCAGGAUCCAUGAGCACUGCACUGGGGAGCCAACUCUCCAGCAGUCAAACAGUGAUUCCAGGUUCCAGUGGCACCAUCUCUCACACAAUUGUUGCACCUAGAAGUUCUGUUACAGGAACCACCUCUGGUGCAUCAGAUGAUCAAGUCACUGGAAGUGAAACCGGCGCUACUGGUGCGGCCUUGAGCACAACUGUUGCACCUGGAAGUUCCAGUACAGAAGCCACAACUUCCACAGGAGUCCAUAGAACCACUGUAGUGGGAUGGAAGACAGGAGCUACCACUAGAGGGUCAGCAAAGCAAGGAACUGGAAGCACAAUAGAAGCUACGACAUCCUUUAGAGGCACUGGGACCACAGGAAGUGGAAUGAAUACAGGUACUACUGGAGUGGUCUCUGGCAACACCAUCUCACCUAGCAGUUUCAACACAGAAGCUACCAGUGGCACAUCUGAGAGGCCAAACCCUGAAAGUGAAAUAGGCACCACUGGCAUAGUCUCUGGCACAACAGUUGCACCUGGAAGUUCCAACACAGAAGCCACAACUUCUUUGGGCAAUGGUGGAACCACUGAGGCUGGAAGUAAAAUAGUUACCACUGGGAUAACUACUGGCACGACCAUUGUACCUGGGAGUUUCAACACAAAGGCUACGACUUCUACAGACGUUGGAGUUGCCACUGGAGUUGGAAUGGCAACUGGGAUCACCAACAUAAUUUCAGGGAGAAGCCAAUCUACUGGAAGUAAAACAGGCUACACUGUAACAGGCUCUGGAACAACAGCCUUACCUGGAGGUUUCAGAACAGCUAAGUCAAAUAAGACCACAAUUUUUAAAGGUGAUGUUGGAACCACUGAAGCAGAAAUUUCAUCAGGCAAUACCCCAGGAUCAACGGGAGUCACCAGCAGCAAAGAAGGAAUCACUGGAAUCCCAGAAACUUCCCUCUCAGGUCCUUCCAAGGAAGCAUCUCACGAAACCACUGCUCCUGAACCUCCUACCACAGCAGUCACUGCUUCCACAGGAGUCAAAGAAACUUCUGAAACUGGAGUGCAAACAGCCUCCACCUUGGUUACAGCUGGAGAGCCAACAAGACCACAAGAAUCCCAGCCAGAAACCACUGUCGUGGCAACCAGAGAAGUAGAAACUGAAAAUAAAACAGAAUGUCUAGCCUCACUUCCACCAGCUCCAGUUUGUCACGGUCCACUAGGAGAAGAGAAAUCUCCUGGAGACAUAUGGACUGCCAAUUGCCACAGAUGUACCUGUACUGAUGCAAAGACUAUCGACUGUAAACCUGAGGAGUGCCCUUCUCCACCCACAUGCAAAACCGGCGAGAAGCUUGUGAAGUUCCAAUCUAAUGACACCUGCUGUGAAAUCGGAUACUGUGAACCAAGAACAUGUUUAUUUAACAAUACUGACUAUGAGAUUGGUGCUUCAUUCGAUGACCCCAGCAACCCCUGUGUCUCCUACUCCUGCAAAGACACUGGCUUUGCUGCAGUAGUCCAGGACUGCCCAAAGCAGACCUGGUGUGCAGAAGAAGACAGAAUCUAUGAUUCAAAAAAAUGUUGCUAUACAUGUAAGAAUAAUUGCAGAUCUUCCCUUGUAAAUGUGACUGUUAUCUACAGUGGUUGCAAGAAAAGAGUUCAGAUGGCAAAAUGUACAGGGGAAUGUGAAAAGACUGCCAAGUACAAUUAUGAUAUCUUACUCUUGGAACAUUCAUGCCUUUGCUGCCGAGAAGAAAACUAUGAACUUAGAGACAUUGUACUUGACUGUCCUGAUGGCAGUACAAUCCCUUACCAAUACAGGCAUAUCACGACCUGCUCUUGUUUAGAUAUAUGCCAACCAUACACAACCUUCACGUACAGUUAAUGCUGACAUCACUUUCCCAGUUUUAACAGGCCUGGUAUUUAUUUUAUAAGUGAGGAAAAAUAAUCAUUUAAAUAGGGAGAAUAACUAAACAUUUGUAUCUCACUCAAAACAAAGUUCUCAUUAUGAGGAAUUUUGUUCUCUUGUUGACUGGAUCUGAAAAAUAAACACAAUUUGACAAGCAA